CCCAGUGCCUCACAAAACACCUGAAGAACAUGUGUCUGGGUCGCUGUGUAUGCACCACCCUCACCUACUCUAUCCGACAGUUCUGCAAGUGCCAGCCUGUUUAUGUUUUGAUCGUGGUAUUUUUAAGGAACGUUCAUUGGAAAGAUACAGCGAGAGACAUGUGGAUCACAGCUGUCUUGUUCCAGCUGCUCCUGGUGCAUCUGGGCUGCUCUCACCUACUGCACUGGACAUACAAAGAAGGAGAGCUGGAUGAAGAGCACUGGGGAAAGCACUUUGCAGACUGUGCUGGCAAACACCAAUCUCCAAUUGACAUCCAGAGGAAAAAAGUGAGGUACAACCCCCAGUUGCUGCAGCUGGAGCUGAGUGGUUAUGACGGGCCUUUGCAGGGGGAUUUCACAAUGACCAACAACGGUCACUCUGUUCAGAUUGAUUUGCCACCCACCAUGCACAUCUCCGGAGGGCUCCCAGGCCUCUACACAGCUGUACAGAUGCAUCUGCACUGGGGUGGCCUGGACCUGGAGACCAGCGGCUCUGAACACACCAUAGACGGGAUGAGAUACUUUGCAGAGCUGCACAUUGUCCAUUACAACUCAGCUGACUACUCAAGCUUUGAAGAAGCCAAAGACAAACCAAAUGGAUUGGCUGUGCUUGCCUUCUUGUAUGUGGAUGGGCACUUCGAGAAUACCUACUACAGUGAAUUCAUUUCCAAACUGGCAAAAAUCAGGUUUGCAGGUCAAUCAACAAAGCUCAUUUCUCUGGAUGUCCAAGCCAUGCUGCCAGAAAACCUCUCGCACUUCUACAGGUACCAGGGCUCACUAACAACCCCACCUUGCUUCGAGAGUGUGAUCUGGACCAUCUUUCAUUCUCCGAUUGUCCUAUCACACACGCAGAUCAGCCUCCUAGAGAACACCUUGCUGGACUGGCAAAACAGGACACUCCGCAACGACUACCGGCAUGCUCAGCCCCUCAACGGGCGGGUGGUGGAGUCCUCCUUCAAAGCCAAACUCACCCAAGAACAAUGCCAUGCAGAAGAAUUCAACCUCAGACUGGAACAAAUCCAGAUGCAGCUCCAAGACAUGAAGAGAGAGUUGCUGAAUGGAGUGAGCCACAUAGGUAUUAAAUCCAGCACAUUUCCAGCUUUCUACUUCCCUGUGGAAAACAUUGAGAGUUUUGUGAACGUUCAUCCCCUCCAUGAUAUGUCUUUCCAAGCCUUCACCUUAUGUUUCUGGACAAAAGCCCAGCAUGCUGGCAGUCAGACUGUUCUUUCCUACUCCACACAGGAGAGGGAUAACGAGAUAGUGAUAACCGUGGGCACAGAUGUGGGAUUGGGGAUAGGAGGCCAUUUCAUCAGCUUCCCCCUGUACCACAAGGAACAAGAUUGGCUGCACUACUGCAUGGCAUGGGCCUCCGAGUCUGGAAUGGCAAAUUUAUGGCUCAACGGAGCAGCUGGUAAAGCAAAGAGUAUCCAGAAGGGGUAUGUGACCCAGGCUGGAGGAACGCUUGUCCUUGGGAAAGACAGAGACACUCUUCUUGGGACGUUCUCCAAUGGUUUUGCAGGCUGGAUGACUCACGUGAACCUGUGGAGCCAAGUUCUCAGUCCUGCAGAUGUUCGGGCACUCGCACUGUGCAAACCAGGGCAACUGAAGGGAGAUAUCAUAGCAUGGGGAGAAACCUCCAUGACCCUCUUGGGUGGGGUGGUUCUGGAAUCUGACAGCAGCUGUCAGUGACCCCAACUUUUUUUUUCUUUUUUGUUUUUUUUCUUUUUUUAAGGCAGAAAAAUCCAAACUGCUUGCUGGGGAAACUGAGAAAAACUUAGAUUAUUUGCUUGUUUCUCCUCCUGCUUUGUAUAGGCUCGCUAUGCACCUGCUAGUGUUCCACGUCCUUUUAACAAGAGACCAAACAUCCAUCAGUGGGAUAGAGGCAAAGAACAGAGCAGAACUUGGCACAGUCCACUACCUUGCAUUGUCACAUCCCUCCCAGGAGUUUGAUUUAGCUCCCCAUACACAGAUCUUCCUAUGUGCCAAAGAACUGUCCUCUUUGGUCAAAGGAGCCACUUUCUCAAAUAAAAUCUCUCUCACAUCCUUCA